UAUGCAUUUUCACCUCUCUAUAUAAUGUUUUCCGAGACUUCAAAAACUGGCCUAAAGCUAUCUCUUCUCUUCAGAACCAAAGUCAAAACAAUUACCCUGCCAAUAAUUCAAGAUGUUUAGUAAGAGCACAGAGGUUUCACAAAAUUAUUCUAUUCAGAUAAAGGAAGAUGACAAGUUCUUCUCCAGGCUUCUGUCCAAAGAGACCUCCAUGGCUAACCCUUCUUUCAGAGUCUAUUAUGGAGGCGUUGCUGUUGCAGUUCCAUUUUUGUGGGAGUCUCAACCAGGCACACCCAAAUGUAACAAAUUCGGUGAAAAAGCUCUCCCUCCUCUCACACCUCCUCCUUCUUAUUAUACUUCUAGCCCAAAUAUUGAACAAAAACCCAUCAAGAAACGCCGCUUCAGAUCCCUUAGUCUCUUGCAUAUCUUCUUCCCCAAGAUGAAUCAUAAGAAAACAACCAAUAAUGUAUCAUUUUCAUCCUCUUCAUGCUCGUCUUCAUCAACUUUCUCAAUGGUGGUUCCUAUAACUAGUCCUCUAAGAAAACAUCGCCAUGCGAGGAGCAAGUUUUCAAGUAGAGGAUCAUCGUUUGAUUCAAGAAUUAUAGAAGAUGAAGAACCAGCUUUUGGAUCACCAACUUCACCCCUAAGCUUUAAGCUUCGAGGAUGCUAUGGAAUGGUGAGGUGAUUAUAAAGUAGCUCUUUUAUCAUUAGUACUAUCUCUCCAGUUUGCCUAUGGAUCUGGGAAGCGCCUCUCACCUCUCAGAUUUCUCAAAGUCUUUGCCUUUUUUUAUGUGUGUGUGCGUGUGCCUAGUUUAAGUAAUUUACAGAAGGUCUUACUCUGUUUUCUUUGUUUAUCUUCAAUGGUUAGUGACCUGAACCAGCUGCAGAAGUAUUAAAAUCUAUCUGUGUGCAACUACGUAUGAUGUUCGUCUACAGAAAUCAAUAUUACUUUUACGUGUAUUCAAUAUCAAGCAAUAAAAGAUGAUUUUAAUGGCGA